UACUAGUAUCUCCGAACCCCGCUCGUGAAAUAGUAGUAUUAUAUUGUUGUGUCUUAUUUUGAAAAGGUUGCAAGAAAACUGUGAACAUACUAUCUUGUAACACUGCACUCUCUUUUGUAGUCCACAUUCUUACACAGCUAAGAGCCAACAAUAGAUAGCAAGAAAGAAGCCAAAGUCAGAAAAAGAUUAGGUGCUUCAACCAGAGAGCAGGUGACCUCGAGUACUGUAUCACUUGUACUACUACUAUAUUUUUUUUAUACUUCUUCUUGUUUAUGUAAUGUAUGGUUGAAAAUUCACAUCAUAUUCUUCUUGGGUUUUUUGAAACCGCCUCUCUAGCUGAAGGUUUUUUUGGAAACCGCCUCUCUUUGUUCUGAGGUAGUGAUAAAGUCUGCGUGCAUAUCAUGUCCAGACUUUACUUGUGAAAUUUCACUAGAAAUUUUGUUGUUGUUGAGCCGAGGUCUUUCGAAAUUAACCUCUCUGCCCAAGAGGUAGCCGUAAGUGUUAGUGGGGGCAAAGGGCAUUGAACAGGAAAAAUCUUCUUUUAACACCAAGAUUUUUACCCUUGUGGGCCUAAAGGUUGUUGAGAUAUGCAGACCCCAAAAGCAAGAAACAGUUCCUCUGAAGUGCCACAGAAGAAAUCUCCACGAGGCAAUUUGGCAGAAGUGCCUCUAAAGAUCUCUCCCCGAGCUGUGAAAUCUCGAGAAGCUCCUCAAAAGAUAUCUCCUCGCAGUGUUUCUCAAGAUGUGCCACAUAAAGUUUCUCCUAGAGUUGCACGUCGUCUGAAGACGGGAGCAUCAGAUUCUGACUCUGCAUCUUCUCCUCACGUUAAUGUUAGGACACCAAAAGAGAGAAGGACCAAAGUCACCGAGCAGAAGACGCCUAAAAGUUUGGAGUCAGAGUGCCCAAGCAAGGUUACUGAAUUGGAGUCCCAAAUCACUCAGCUCAAAAAUGAUCUUAAAGACAAGCUAAGUUCCUCUGAAGCAUGCAAAAAGCAAGCUGAAGUACAGGCCAAGGAGUCAAAGGAACAGUGUACAAUAUUGUCCUCCGAACCGGCCCAGCCCCCAAAACAGGUUGUGGAGCAACCUUCAUCUGAGAGUACAUGUCCUACUGAACACCAAAAGUCCGGGGAGGAUCUGACAUUGCGUUCAGAACAGCAUUCGGUUGACUCAGCUUCCUUAGCUUCUUCCUUGGAUGAGAUAAAGGAACUAAAGGGUCAGCUUGAAACUGUUUCACUAUCCGAGGCUACCAAAAUCAAGGACGCAGAAGCAGCCCAAGCGGAGCUUCAAAGCCUGAAACAGAACUUGGCGGAUACUCUUCUGCUUAUGGAAGACAUGAAAAAGCAACUGAGGGAUAGCAAAGAUUCAGAAGCUCAGGCUCAAGCACUUGUUACUGAAACUUUGUUGCAACUCGAAUCAGCAAAGAAGACUGUGGAGACCCUAAGGUCUGAUGGUAAUAAAGCUGUGGAAGCAUACAAUGCUAUAUCUUCUGAGUUGGAUCAGUCGAAAGCACGUGCCAAUUCACUAGAAAACCUUGUUUGCGAACUCCAAACUGAUACUGGUAACGCGGGCAAAAGUGAAAUUGUCGAAAUUGAUGAAAGUAAGGAAAGAAUUGAGGCAGAACUGUUUUCUCUGAAAACUGAAGUCGAACGUCUGAGGGCUGAUCUGGAAGCAGCUGAGAUCAAAUACGAUAAAGAGAAAAGCCGAAGUGCACUUGACAUUAGAAAUGCAUAUGAGUUGGUGGAGCAAAUCAAGUCAAUGUCGAAGCAAAGGGAAGAUGAACUCGAGGGAGAAUUACAAAACUUCAAAACACAGAUAGAGGAGUUGAAGGCAAAUUUGAUGGACAAAGAAACUGAAUUGCAAGGUAUUUGUGAGGAGAAUGAGAAUCUUAUCAUAAAACUAGAGAAUGCAAAAUUCGGGAAAGGAGAAAAUGAACUCGAAAAGGAGCUUCAAAGAUCAAAACUUGAUAUCGAAAAUCUGAAGGCAAAUCUUAUGGAUAAGGAAACUGAACUGCAGAAUAUUUUAGAGGAAAAUGAGAUCCUGAAGUCGGAAACUGAUCAAAAGGAAAGCAAUCGAGGUAAAGUGAAGGAUGAAAUUGCUGAUGAACUAGAGAUUGCAAAGACUGCUGAACGAGAAGCUCUCAUGAAGCUCGGGUACAUGAAUGAGGAGAUUGAUAAAAGUAACAGGCGCGUGGCUAGGGUAACCGAGCAACUGGAAGCAGCUCAAGCUUCCAACACAGAGAUGGAAGCAGAACUAAGAAAGUUAAAGAUUCAAUCCGACCAAUGGAGGAAGGCUGCAGAAGUAGCAACUGCAAUGCUAACAAAUGGCAAUAACGGGAAAUUCAUGGAAAGAACCGGAUCGAUGGAUAGUCCCUACAGUCCUUGCAAGAUUAGCUCACCUUACUUUGAGGACAUGGAUGAUGAUUUAAUGAAGAGAAAAAAUCCAAAUAUGCUUAAAAGGAUUGGUGAGUUAUGGAAGAAGCCACUGAAAUAGGAAAAAGUACGCAGAAAGGUACAUUGUGAUGAUCCUUCGACUUUUAACAUCUUAGUUUACGUAUUUGAAACAAAAUCAACUGGACUUCCUAGUUGCUGUAAUCAUAUAGGAGCUAUGCUCAGCCUAGAACUGAGUCUAAUGAUUGUUCAAUUCGGUUGCUUUUCUUUUCAUAUUUUCAUGAAUAUCUAUCUAUGCAGUUUGUUAAAAUUAUUUCUGAA